UUGUGAUAUUUAAAAAUACUUAAACUGUACGUUUUAUAUAAGUAAUGAACUCAACUAGCCACAAUAAGAACUAUUUAGUCGUGCGAUAUUAAUCAAUUGGAUACAAUGGAGAUAUACUACAAUGUAUGUAGUUGUAGUCUAACAAAAUUUGAGUACUUACAAUCGGCUGGAUUACUCGGUCGUAUUAAUAAUGAAAAUUAUCGUUAUUGUUAUUUGCUGCUUAUCAGUUUCUUCAUUAUGCUGCAACAAAUAUAAUCGAAUAUUUUUUGAACAAAACCAUUUGGCUGCAUUAAUAUUAGCAAGAGGUGGCUCUAAAGGAAUUCCGCUUAAAAACUUAUCUCACAUUAACGGACAAAGUUUACUAAAUAUAUCUCUUCAAGUUAUUUUUGGAACUUCCGGAUUUACUUCCGUUUGGGUUUCAACAGAUAAUGAGUUAAUUUUUAAUGAAACUGAAAGGAUAAGUAAUAAAAUUAAUAUCCAUUGGCGUUCUGAGGAAACAGCAACAGAUCACGCAACGUCGUUGUCAGCUACUCGAGAAUUUCUACUUUUGCAUCCUGAAAUUGAUAAAAUUAUUCUAAUUCAAGUAACGUCUCCAUUUAUUAAUGAAAAAUAUUUACAACAUGCUGUAAACGAAAUGCAGCAUUACGAAUGCGUUUUCUCUGUAACGAGGUCUUUCAAGUUACGAUGGAACAAAACGGGAAAAGGAAUACUUCCUAUCAACUUUGAUCCUAAACGAAGACCUCGUAGACAGGAUUGGGAUGGUGAACUUAUAGAGAACGGAAUGUUUUAUGGUGCUAAAAGGGAAAUGAUAAUGAAUGGCUAUUUUCAAACUGAUAAGUUAUGUCGAAAUUGGAAUGCACUACCUACUUUGUGAAGUGAGAACGAUUGAAACUAUAUAGACUAUUUUAAAACUUGUAAUGCAG